GACGUUACCACGUGUAAUAUCUAUGGCGAAUGCAACCAAGUCUUUGCGAAAGAAAGAUUGCCAGGGUUAUCUGGUGAGCUUAGUUGAAGAAAAUUUGGAUAAGAAGAAACCCGAAAGUAACCCUGUAAUAAGGGAAUUUUUGGAUGUUUUUCCAAAACAAUUACCGGGAGUACCACCAGACAGACAGGUGGAAUUUACCAUAGAUCUGGUUUCUGGAGCAGCACCAGUAUCUAGGGCACCAUACAGAAUGGCGCCAAAGGAGUUGCAAGAGUUAAAAGUGCAAAUUCAAGAGUUGCUGAAAUUGGGUUUCAUUCAACCCAGCGUUUCACCUUGGGGAGAACCUGUCUUAUUUGUCAAGAAGAAGGAUGGGUCAAUGCGUAUGUGCAUUGAUUACCGGGAGUUGAACCGGUUAACAGUAAAGAAUAAGUAUCCGCUUCCUAGGAUAGACGAUUUAUUUGAUCAAUUAAGAGGUACCAGAGUAUUUUCUAAGAUAGAUUUACAUUCUGGUUACCAUCAGUUGAAAAUAAAGAAGACUGACGCAGCUAAGACUGCGUUCAGGACGAGAUAUGGUCACUAUGAGUUUUUAGUGAUGCUGUUCGGAGUAAGUAAUGCACCAGCAGUGUUCAUGGAUCUCAUGAAUCGGGUAUUUCAACCAUAUUUAGAUCAGUUUGUUAUCGUUUUUAUUGAUGAUAUAUUGGUCUUUUCUAAGAGUGAGGAACAACAUGAAGAGCAUUUACGUGUUGUUCUGGAGACACUUAGAAAAGAGAAGCUAUAUGCUAAAUUCUCUAAGUGUGAAUUUUGGUUAAAGAAGGUGGUGUUUCUUGGCCAUAUUGUCAUAGCUGAAGGUAUAGAAGUUGAUCCAGGAAAGAUCACAGCUGUGAGAUAUUGGUCAAGACCAAAGAAUGCUAGUGAGAUAAGAAGUUUUCUUGGACUAGCUGGAUAUUAUAGAAGAUUCAUCGAAGGGUUUUCUAAAAUAGCCUUACCUUUGACACAGUUGACAAAGAAAUCAGUGAAGUUUGAAUGGAGUGAUAAAUGUGAAGCUAGUUUCGAAGAACUAAAGAAGAAGCUGACAACAGCACCAGUACUAACGAUACCAGAUCCUACUCGUGAUUUCACUAUUUACAGUGAUGCCUCGAAACAGGGUUUGGGAUGUGUGCUGAUGCAAGAUGGAAAAGUUGUGGCAUAUGCUUCGCGACAACUGAAGCCACAUGAGCAGAAUUAUCCAACUCAUGAUUUAGAGUUGACAGCUGUAGUGCAUGCUCUAAACAUAUGGAGACAUUACUUGUAUGGAGGUAAAUGUGAGAUCUUUACGGAUCACAAGAGUCUGCAAUAUAUAUUUACUCAGAAGGAGCUCAAUAUGAGGCAAAGAAGAUGGUUGGAAUUAGUGAAGGAUUAUGACUGUACAAUCAACUAUCAUCCAGGGAAGGCCAAUGUAGUUGUAGAUGCGCUUAGUCGGAAAGGAGAAGGCCAGUUGUAUUAUAUGAUCACUCAACAGAAUCAACUGGUAAGAGAUUUCACAAAGAUGCAGAUAGAAGUG